CUAACGGGGACAGACAAGUCGACGAGAGAUCGUAAAUCUCAAUUCUGUGACACGACAAACAAAGUUGAUUAAAAUUGAGAAUAUUAAAAGUUUUGUGAAUAUUUCAAAGUCAAAGUACAGUAGCUGCUAGCUAUAUGCAAUCAACUGAACAACAUAAUAAAUAAAAGAUGGUCCGGACAGUGUAUUCUCCAGAAUAUUGCUUACAAUAUUUAGAGCAAUAUGCUUCUAAAGAAGUAUUUGUAAUAGGAUUGAUUCUUGGGCAGACUACUGGCGCGCGGGAGAAUGUCAUCCACUUGGCUCGAACCCCAGAUGAGAAAAGCUCUGAAAAUCCAUCGGAAACCAGUUAUGUGCUGGACAAACUGGAAACAAAGACGUUAUUGAAUGUAUCUGAGGCAUGGGUCGCUGACCAUGCUAAACAUGUCACUAGAAUGCUUCCUGGUGGCAUGUUUGUUCAAGGUAUCUUCAUUACAUGCGAUGAGGACAUUUUCGAGGAUCCAAAUAGUUUCAGUAAAGUGAAAUCCAUUGUGAACCACAUAUACAAAGCAAUGAGUGUCAAUCAGUACAUGUUUGGUAACUGUCCUUACUCAAAUGAAAGGCUAAUGUUACAUAUGUGUACAAGUACUAAAGUGCUUACUUGUAAGAGUAUAGAAGUGGGAGUGCCAAGCAAAAGUACAGUUAUCAAGCCUGUUGAUUGGAAAUUCUUGCCCAAACCCCAGCAAUGGCAAAGGUUGGACUGCUACUAUGAGUUUGACGAUGUCUAUCCUGUGAUUGUGAAGAAGAGUGGUAUAUCUGUUAAGCAACAGUUUCAGCAAAUCCUGGAAUCAGCUCACAAAACAAUUGAAUCCAGCAUCAUGUUCAUAGAUGGUGAAUUGAAAGACAAUACAGAAGUACUAGAACAACUUUUCAAAAAGAAGAAACCCAAAAGUAAUUCCAAACAGAUGCAACAAGAACUUCCUAAAUCAAUGAAUGUGUCAUUAUUUGUGCCAUUUGAAAACUCUCUGCCUGAAACAGUGGAAUACUUAGAAUGCGAUGGAAGUAUACAUUUCAGUGGAGUGGUGUCUUCAAGCGUGUUCAUGUACCCUAAGGCGACAGUCAGUGAAACUAUUGCAGCUGUGAAACAAGACAUUAUCAGAUCACUAGCAUCACGGUUCACAAUGCACUGUGAUGCUUUAAUUGAUGAUAAUUUACUUCCUGAAGAAAAGGUGUGUUUCAACGAGCCACCACGCCGAGUUCUAGUUCCCGUGGGGUCUCUAUACCUCUGUGAUUACCUGUUUCCCGGCGAAGCGCCCGCUGAGGCCCUUCUGUCGGUACGAGAGCUUUUGGACCUACAGAUCACAGAGGCUGAUGUUGUCUGCGAUGUCGAAACGCCUGCUGAUACAUCUGAAUUCGAUGCCUUAGACAGAGAUGCGAGCAGUGAGGAGCUAUUGGCUACGCCUCAGGAAGCCAGCCAGUUCAUGUACAUUACGGGAAUUUGUUUCGCGAUGUUCGUGCUUAUCGUCUCCAUCAUCAUACACUACUAUGACGGAAUCGUCGAAGUUUUCAGUAAAAUAUUCUCUAAAUCUGUUGUGUGAAAUAAUACUUUUAUUUAUUUUAAACUGUUAAAGCUUAAAAGACUUAUUAUUGUUGUGAAUGACUUGUGUAAGGUUCGUUGUUUUAAUUUCAUUUGAUUAUAAUUUUAUGAUUGAUGACAAAUACUGAAUUCACAUUUAUUUUUAUGUACAGCAAUACUUAUGGUGUAAUUUGAACUGUCUUUCGCAUUUUAUUAAAUAACGUUUUUUACUCUA